GACAACGGAAACUUUCAGAAUUACCGGACGAUAUACAGUCAUGACAGUUUUAGAAUUGCCAGACGAUAGUUCUUUUCUGUGUGACUGCACACUUGACUGAGAAGAGAGAUUUACAAUGAUUCGACGAGACAGUCCCUCACGGGCCGUGGCCCUUGACCUGAUGCUAAGGACUUUCAUGAAUUCCUCUGACUUCAACAACAUGCAGAGCAAGAACUGGGAGGCUAUUGCCAAGCUCAUACCUGGUACAACGCCACAAGAGUGUGCCAAAAGGUUCCAGGAGCUGCAGUCAGCCGCAGGGGACCUGUCUCCAGUUGGAGACUUCACAGGCCUGGCUGCCCGGGGCAAGCCUGCCCCUAGAGGGCGCCCCGGCAGUGCAACAUUGAAAUAUCAGCGGCCCCUUGCCACAAGCACCAGCGAAGAGAAGCGUGGUGACCAGAGACAGGGCGGCAAGGAGGUACAAAAGGAACUUGCCAACAAUAAUUCCAAUCAGGAUGCUGAGGAGUCCAAUGAUAAAAAGAGACAACAAGAAUCACACAAAAGGAAAGUGGGGCCAGAUUCCUAUGGACCCAACAUGGUUAUUCAUGUCUGCGAUGAGGCCAAAAAUGUCAAGAAGGAUUUCACCUGCCCUAGGGACCUGCUGGUCACUGAGAUGCGAUAUUUUGCCGAGUACCUCUCCAGUGACACCCAGCGAUGGGAGGAGGUGGACAUAUCCGUCCACUGUGACGUCCAGAUCUUUGACUGGUUGAUGUGUUACGUCAAACGCAACUGCCCCGGAUCACAGACGAGACAGACUCCUAAUCUUGAGGCCAGCAACGUAAUCUCCAUCCUGAUAUCUUCAGACUUCUUGAAAAUGGAUUCUUUGGUGAACGAGUGCAUAGAUUUCUGCCACAAGAACAUGUCUGCCAUCGUUGCAACGCCAUGCAACAUGAAUUGCAUCAAUGAUAAACUUUGCACGAGAAUUGCUGAUCUGUUUACUGACCUUGAAGUUGAUGAAGUCAAAGAUAGAAAGGAUAAAUUCAAAAGCAAAUUGUUCAGCAAGAAAAUAGAGGCAAUGUUUGAAGGCACUAAGCCAGCCACAACUUUGUACAGGUGCCUCUACUGCAGGCGUCUUCUGACAGAGGAACUCCGGUCCAAACUGAAAUGUAUUUCGACCAGGAUGAGCAUCGACAGGCAGGGCAAUGUGGUUUAUCACCACCAGAGGGACCCUGCCUGGGAUGUCAACGACUACAUCCUGGCUCUUCGCUCUGAGCUCAAGUCUUGGCGGGAGGUAUACUGGCGCCUCUGGGCCACCGUCACCCACCUGCCCUGCUCCCGCUGCAAGCAGGUGUUCCCCUGCAGCGAGCUGGGCCACUGCCGAUUCCACCCCGAGCCGCCAAAAUUUGAUAACUCGUCGUCCUCCACUGGGACUUACCUAUGCUGUCAGCAGAAGACAUUGAGAUUUGACCCACUGAAUCAGAACACUGGUUGUCAAGUCAGAGACCACAUUGUGAUGAUCCCUUCUAAGGAUGAGUCAUCGAAGGCUGAUGGACUAUCCCAUCAUCAAGGCAAGGCAGGAAGGGAUGAUGCACAGAGCUUAGACAUCCUUCUGGAACGUAAGGAGUUCAUGUGCAUCCCACCCAAGUCGCCAGAGCAGGAAAGAUGGCAUGAGGUCAACAUCUUCAGGAGUGAGGAGGCCUUAUGUGGCUUGGCCGAAGAAGGCAUUGGGGUUAAAGGUCAACUGCAGCACAUCUUCCCCGAUGACCACCUACCUCUGAACAACCAGCUGGACGACAGGGGUCGUGACCUCGUGGCCUCAUCGUCUGAUUUUGAUUCCAGCGACGAUGAAGUUGGUGAUGAAGAAAUACAUAGAGUUUCUAAACACCGACAAAAGCAUCUGGUUCGUAAGAUGUCGAGUAAGUCCUCAAUGGGCAGGGAAAAACACAACUCUUUAAUGUCGGUGGACAGCGCUGCAUCCAACAUAAGGUAGGCGUUUGCCGUCUGUAAACAUCCAUAACAAUCAAAUGCAGGAGCAUAUCAUUAAGCUUGUGAAUUCUCAUGAAGUCCUUGCCAUUUAUCACUCUUUGAUAGAAACAAGCGCUGUGCAUGCAAUGUUGCUUUGCUAAACUGGGUACAUAUUUAGAUUUAUAACAGGGUUCGCACGCCUCCUGGAAAACCUGGAAAAUCCUGGAAUUUUAUACCCAUUCUGGAAAGUCCUGGAAAAGCUUAAUUUUUAAAAGUAGUCCGGAAAUUCCAGUAAAAUCAAUAUUACUUUUAAAAUGUGACAAAAAUUAUCCAAUAAAAUGUGACCGAAAAUUUACUGCGAUCGAUCCGUCCCCGCGGAAAAUCCUGGAAUUUUAUACCCAUUCUGGAAAGUCCUGGAAAAGCUUAAUUUUUAAAAGUAGUUCAGAAAUUCCAGUAAAAUCAAUAUUACUUUUAAAAUGUGACAAAAAUUAUCCAAUAAAAUGUGACCGAAAAUUUACUGCGAUCGAUCCGUCCCCGCGUACACUGUCAC